AUGGGUGACGCGAGCGCCUGGGCCACAGGGGUGAGGAACAAGGGUAAAGAAACAGGGUAUAGGACAAGGGGAGUGGACGAAAGAAAACUUGUCAGUGCGCGACAGCUUUCUCGGAUCGACUUGAAAAGGGGUGCAGGAAACCUCAUGCAAGUUUACACUAGGCCUGAGUAGGGUAAGUAGGGUAGGGUUAUAGAGGGAGUGCACCUUUGCUGGUUGGGCUUUGCCUACAGGGCCAUAGGGGUAAAUCUUGGGGGUCA